AUGAAGGGAAGGAAGGUGAAGCUUGAUCUCAUUUCUGAUGAGUCAUCCAGAAAGAUAACAUUCCAGAAAAGGAAGAAGGGAUUAAUGAAAAAAGCCAGUGAAUUAGCGACGUUAUGUGGGAUUAACCUAUGUGUAAUGAUCUACAGUCCUUACAACACUCAACCUGAAAUUUGGCCUUCUCCUUUAGGAGUCCAAAGUGUAAUCAAUGAUUUCAGCGCAAUGUCAAAGAGAGAUCAGAACAAGAAGAUGUUGAACCAAGGGACAUACCUUAGGCAGUCUAUCAAAAAAGCCAAUGAUCAACUCAAUAAACUACGUAAGGACAAUCGUGAUAAGGAAAUUACACAAUUCAUGAGCGAAAGCUUGAAUGGUAAGCCUUUGACAAACUUAACAGCAAAAGAUUUAAAAGAUCUUGAUUGUAAGAUUAAAUAUUUCUCAAAUGAUAUCGAUAAAAUGAUUGAUAAACAUAUUACAACUGAUCAAAAAUUUGAGAAUGGACAAACAAAGACAUCAGGUAUUGACUUAAAUGAUGGAGACAACCUUCAGAAUUCCUUGAAGAAUCAUUCAUGGCUCAUGGAAUUAGGAUUUGAGAGGAUGAUUAUGCCUAUGGGGGACAAGCACAACAAGGACAUCGACAACAAUAAUAACAACAAUGAUAAUGGAGCUACCUGA